GCCGUCUGCCGCCUGAGAUCCGCGCCCAGCGCCCCUGUCACCGGCUGCGGGUGCUGAGGACUGAGUUCUGGGUUCCCCCGCGGGCUCGGGGUCCUGGGCAUGAGUUUCGGGUUCCCGUGAUUGGAGGGGGUCGUGGGGUCUUCCUGGGUCCUGCUGUGAGAGGCGAGGUCUCGGCGUUGGAGCAGGACCCCUGGGCCGGUAUUUGGGGGUCCCUGGGGACGCAUCAUGGACGGAAGCGGAGACGCGGGAGGCCUGGUGAAGGUGGCCCACCUGCUGGUCCUGUCGGGAGCCUGGGGCAUGCAAAUGUGGGUGACUUUCGUCUCAGGCUUCCUGCUUUUCCGAAAUCUCCCCCGGCACACCUUCGGCCUGGUGCAGAGCAGGCUCUUCCCGCUCUACUUCCACAUCUCCGUGGGCUGUGCCUUCGUCAACCUCUGCACCGCGGCUUCCCAACGUGCCUGGGUUCAGUUUACAUUCUGGGAGGCCAGCCAGUGCUGCCUCCUGUUCCUGAGCCUCGUGCUGGCUGCCAUCAACGCCCGCUGGCUGGAGCCUCGCACCACGGCCGCCAUGCGGGCUCUGCAGAGCGUGGAGAAGGAGCGAGGUUUGGGUGGGGAGGUGCCGGGCAGCCUGCAGGGCCCCGACCCCUACCGCCAGCUGCGGGACAAGGACCCCAAGUACAGCGAUCUCCGCAAGAACUUCUUCCACUACCAUGGUCUGUCCUCGCUGUGCAACCUGGGCUGCGUCCUGAGCAACGGGCUCUGCCUGGCCAACCUGGCGCUGGGUCUCCGGAGCCUCUAGCACGGGCCCUGCAUGUCAAUAAAUGCUUCCUUGGAAA